UGAUAUGUUUAUAAUUCCACAGAAUGAUAUAGACAACAGUUUCGAACAGAAAGUGUCGCAACUCACGCAUUUAAAAUCUACUGUGCGCGAUAUCCGCAGUACAUCUUGCGACGAUGUAGGUGUUAUAACGUUGUUCAACAGCCCGAGCUUGGCCAUCCUCUUCGUGAUAGUUUGCCUGGUCUUAAUGUUAUUGAUGCUGGGUAUAAUGAAGGGACUUUUGGGUCUGUACUGCUGUCCCCCGAUCGGUAUGUGCGGUUUGGGGGCGCUAAUUGAUCUCCCGAGACCACUGCCUUAUUACCAAGAGCCAGAACUCAUAGAUUAUCCUGUAAAUUACGACAUAAUAGGAUGGCCCGUACACCCACAAACAGGGAAGAGGACCGUGAGGGCUAUCUCGCUACGUACGGAAUUUUGUUUGAAUGUGAUCUUCUUCCUGACGUAUCCGGUGAUAAUGGUGAUCAGCAUUUUAUCGCUGUGCUGUUUUCAGAGAGUCUACGAUACAGCAGAUUCCGAAAAGGAAUACGAAGACACGCACACGAUCAUGCUAACCGAUUGUCCGUCAGUGGUGUCCAAGAAAAAGAAGUCGAACCGAUAUAAUGACGAGAAAUUAGAGGAAGAGGACACGGAGUACGUCAUCAACCAAAUGAAGAAGAGCGAACAAUCGUUACUGGGUAGAUGAAUAUAGCAAGAGAAU